ACUUAACUUCUGGUACAGUAUAUAUGCAUUUUGUCAUUGUACUUGUUUUGAAAUAAAAGAGAGAGAGGGGAACAACAGGUGACACUGCCAGAUGUAGGCCUACAGCUGGCCCCUACAAACCCAACUUAAUUAUGCGUAUCCCACAACCCUUCAAUAAUGGAAAACAUAUAUAUGUACUACUACUGAGACUCAAUACUCUAUAAAAUACUUUGCCAAAAAAACUUUAAUCUGUUAUUCUGAACGCACUGAUAACAGCCUUCUGCAGCUUUUAAAAGGGGAACAGGAAAUCUGCAGAGCUUAAAUAACACUGCAGUUAGAUAUGAUGGAUGUUUUGCAACAGAUGCUUGUUCCUAGUUAAGAGGGAGAAGGCCUGUAUGAAAUGGUUAAAAUAAAUAUAUGCAAAGGCUCCUCUGGCCAACCUGACACAAGCAUCGGACAUAUGAUACAGAUGCAUGGAAAAUACUAUGUGUUAAAGCAUAAAAACUAAGAUUAAAAAUUAAGAAGUACAUGAUAUAAGUCUUACCUCUCUGCUGCAGUUAUCAGUGUCCUAGAUCAUCCCAGAUCAACCACAGCUGAGGCACAGCAGCGACAGAGGGAAACAAUACAGAGACCACAUCCUCCUGUGUUGGUGCUUUUUCAAAAAUAGACCCUCCGACUGCACAGUCAGAGAGCAUGUGCUGCAAAACAGGAACUGCAUGAGUCUGUAGGCUAAGGUGGUUUACAUUAGACCAUCUACUUAUGUCAUAGGAGGAGUCUGGCUGAAAUGGUUUGUAACUGUUCUACCUUUUAUUUUACUUUAUUAUAGGAUGCCCAUUAGCUGUGUCCUUAUGCACAGUUACUUCUCCUCAGGUCCACAUUUAAAAACAUACAUUAAACAUUACAGUCAACAUAAAUGAUGAACAUAAGCGUAUAUUAGGCUAAAGAAUUAGUAAAACUCACACUUAUACGUGCCAAUGAAUAAGCUUACACCGAUGACUCUUAACAUAGAAACCAGAAAAAAAGUUGAGGCUACAUGAAGGUUUGAAACCAGUUUCAUGUUAUAGUAAGUAAAAGAAAAUGGCUAAUGAGCGACUUAUCGUGGGAGACACAUACUGCAAAAUGAAAAAAAGGAAAGUAAAAGUGAUGAAAUUGUUAUUUGAGCCCAAAUUAUUUGUAAAAUAACAACAAUGUUAUGACUUAACUACAUUCAUCCCAAUUUAAAGGGGUACUAUGCAGUUUUGACCAUUUAUUUGCUGUUUUCUGGCUUUUUGCCGGCAGGUUUCUCUACAGAGCCCCCCCACCCCUAAGGUAAAUUGUGCUAAAAAAAAAAGAAUUAACUCAGUGUCCUCUCCCCCUGCUCAGAUGGACAGUUUGUCUCUCAGAAAAUACUGUAUACAACAAAUGUUUGAGCAACAAAUUUACUUCCACUUGCAAAUUCAGCAAAGUAUAUUGAUUUCUGCAACAUGACAAAAAAACUGUUUCAUGUUUAAAAAUGGCUCACGAGCGAUUUGUCCUGGCAGAUAACUGUUAUUUGAGCCCAGAUUAUUUGAAAAAUAACUUGACUUAAUGACCCAACCACAUUCUUCCCUAUUUAAGGGUUAACAAAAUGUCCUCUCCCCUUGUUCAGAUGGACAGUUUGUCUUUCACAAAAGAGUACAUAUAGGCUAAGUCUACAACAAAUACUUGAAAAUGAAUAAAUUCCUGCAUGGCAACAUGGCAAUAAGAAAAUAACUAAUUUGUGAUGAAGAUGUCAUGUGUUUAAGGCCAAUUAAUUAGGCUAUGAAUAAAUGUGUUACUAAUUUUUCAAAGCACAAGAUUUCAGUGCAUCAGAUUUCUCUUUAUUGGGACUAAAGUAGUGUAUUUUUUUUUUUUUUUACCUGCAGUGCAAAUAAUCUGCCGGAAGAUGUCGCCGCUCUCUCUCCCCCUCCGCAGAGACACUCAAAAGGCUCCGACUCCUCUCCUCUGAAUGAGUGGACCCCCUUUUCCCUUUUAUAACAGAGAGGGAAUGGGACAGAAAGAGAGAGAGAGAGGUGGGCAGAGGUGUGACUGAGAGGACAGGCAGAGGCAGAGGGAGACUCAGAGCCAGCUGGGCUUUUGCCAUAUCUUAUUUUUAUUUAGGAAUCUCAAAGAGAGAGAGAGAGGGAGAGAGAGAGAGAAAAGGGGGAGAAAGGCUGAAGUACUAUAGCAGUAGUUUUUCGUGCGUAAAGGGGAUAGGUUGUUCUCCAAAUUCUUAGGAGUUGUGCUUCACUUUCAGACUGAGCCGUUUAUUUGCAGGCAGUGUCCUGGGUUUCUUUGCCUCCGCUAGAGUCCCUGCGGUGCACGGAUUACAAUGCAAAGGAUUGUGGAGGUUUGGGUCACCUUGGUGACAGUUUGCGCGCUGACCGAGGGGGUCUUUGGAGGAUACGGGCUGAGCAUGUUUGCUGCGCAGUCUUCCCCUCCGGACCCGUGCUACGACGAGAACGGGAACCCUCGGCGGUGCAUCCCCGACUUCGUCAACUCCGCUUUCGGAAAGGACGUGCGCGUGUCCAGCACCUGCGGCAGCCCCGCCGCCAGGUACUGCGUGGUGGCCGAGAAGGGCGAGGAGCGGACGCGGGACUGUCACACGUGCGACGCCGCGGAUCCCAAGAAGUCCCGUCCGCCCGCGUAUUUAACAGACCUCAACAACCCGCACAACCUCACCUGCUGGCAGUCCGAAAACUACGCGCAGUAUCCGCAGAACGUCACGCUCACCUUGUCGCUCGGGAAAAAGUUCGAGGUCACCUACGUGAGCCUGCAGUUCUGCUCACCCAGACCCGAAUCCAUGGCGAUCUACAAGUCCAUGGACUACGGCAAGUCGUGGGUGCCGUUCCAGUAUUAUUCCACUCAGUGCAAGAAAAUGUACAGCAGGCAGAACAAGGCGGCGAUUACUAAGCAGAACGAACAAGAGGCCAUCUGCACGGACUCCCACACGGACAUGCACCCGCUGACGGGCGGACUCAUCGCCUUCAGCACGCUGGACGGCCGUCCGUCGGCGCACGACUUCGACAACUCCCCGGUGCUGCAGGACUGGGUGACGGCCACCGACAUCAAGGUGAUCUUCAGCCAGCUGCACACCUUCGGAGACGAGAACGAGGACGACUCGGAGCUGGCCCGCGACUCGUACUUUUACGCCGUGUCGGACCUGCAGGUCGGAGGACGGUGCAAGUGCAACGGGCACGCUUCAAAAUGCGUCAAGGACAGGGACGGGAAUCUGGUCUGCGAGUGCAAACACAACACGGCGGGACCGGAGUGCGACAGGUGCAAACCUUUCCACUACGACCGACCAUGGCAGCGCGCCACGGCCCGGGAAGCCAACGAGUGUGUCGCAUGCCACUGUAACCUGCAUGCCCGCCGCUGUCGUUUCAACAUGGAGCUGUACAAGCUGUCAGGCCGGAGAAGUGGCGGCGUCUGUCUCAACUGUCGACACAACACGGCGGGACGCCAUUGCCAUUACUGCAAGGAGGGUUACUACAGGGACAUGACCAAGUCCAUCUCUCACCGGAGGGCUUGCAAAGCGUGUGAUUGCCAUCCAGUUGGAGCAGCAGGGAAGACGUGUAACCAGACAACAGGCCAAUGCCCCUGCAAGGAUGGAGUGACGGGAAUCACCUGUAACCGCUGUGCCAAGGGCUACCAGCAGAGCCGCUCUCCCAUCGCCCCCUGCAUCAAGAUCCCAGUUGCAUCUCCGACAGCAACAUACACCAGCUACGAGGAGCCGUCAGAUUGUGAAUCUCACUGCAAAGCGUCCAAGGGAAAGAUGAAGAUCACCAUGAAGAAGUACUGUAAAAAAGACUACGCUGUCCAGGCGCACGUUCUGAAAGGAGACAAGGCCGGCGAGUGGUGGAAGUUCACCGUCAACAUCAUCUCCGUCUACAAACAAGGCGAGCACCGCAUCCGCCGCGGCGACCAGCUGCUGUGGGUGCGCGCCAAGGACGUGGUCUGUAAGUGCCCCAAGAUCAAGCCCGGGAGGAAGUACCUGCUCCUGGGCACAGACGACGAUUCCCCCGGGCAGAGCGGCGUGGUGGCGGACAAGGGAAGCCUGCUCAUCCCGUGGAAGGACCUGUGGGGCCGCCGGCUGAGGAAGUUCCAACAGCGUGACAAGAGGGGAAAGUGCUAAGAGUUUCACUAGAGAGAGAGAGAGAGAGAGAGAGAGAGAGAGAGAGAGGGGUGGAGGCAAAACAGCGUCUCCACUGCGAUGAAUGCAAGGAAGAGGAGAGGAUGAAUGAAAAAAUAAAUAAACUGGAAGAAUAAAAGCUAGAAAGACAGGUGAAAAGUAGGAGAGGUGGGGAAAUGACUGAGUGCUGCUGCUCUGAGUUGGAGCGAAGAGAUUAGUGGUUUUAGGAACUUUUGUGAAGGAGCUCAUUCUACAGUUUUUGUUUUGGUUUGUCUUUCACGGUUUUGUUUGUUGUGUAAUUGCAGAGUUUGCACCUAAUGUUACAGAUAUGUCACACCUGGACUGUUUUACCCAUGAUGCCGUUGUUGUUUUUUUAAAAGUCCCUUAUUUAGUUGAUUUAAAGAGCAAUGCAUCUACCGUAUCACCCUUCUUUUGUAUUUUAAGAGGAUCUAUUUCCACUGUGCUGUGUAAAGCAUUAUCUAGUUAAAAGAAGAGACAUUUCUCGGCAUUGAGGGACUCCACUCAUGUAUGAUAAGUUGCCCUUGUAAGCUGCCAAACUUUGGAUAAACUUUUUCAACAGCUGAAAGUGAAAGAUUGUGAAAUUAUUCUGCGGAAAACCUAAUAGGUGCCAUCUUGCCUGAGAGCUCCUCUUCUCGUAUGCGAGUGAAACAGCUGGUGUUGUGGGAACAAAACGCCACGAUGAUCCUCUGGCCGCUCUGUGUAAAGAUUGUAUGUGGCGUUCCAGGCAAGUCUCUGCUCGCCGCUUAUCUAUGUAUUAGCAGUGUGUUGUGGGCGUGACCUCUGCAAUGUAAAGUAACCACACGUGCAGACAUACAUACGCGUUAUUUUUAGUAGAUGAUGCCGUAGCAUCGACUAGAUGUAGACGUGUCAACCAUGCACUUAUUUUUAGCAGUCGCAAGUUUUAGAACAUGUGAGAUACGUUCACAUGUUUAGAGGGGCAUCCAAAAAGAAAGAAAAAAAACCAUACUGUACCAUAUGAUGCAAAAAACGCUGUAUAGUUCCAACCCUGCUUGCCUCACUGAUGACUGGUCUGUAUGGAAUGAUGGUCGACUACAUGCACAUAAUAUUCCCGUUUUUGCCAUUAUUCCGACAGUAUUCCGACUAAUAUAGUUUAUAUGGCUAAUGAAAGGGAUUAUUCCACUAAUAUUCCCGUUUACAUGCAGUGUUCCACUGGUGGUGGACUUGUUCGACUGUGCGAAAGCAACCUCCCUCUUUCAUUCCUUCAACCACCUUCUGUUGAUAUCCAAGACUUUCAUAAUGUUUAAAAGUAGCUGUGUUCCUCUGUCUUUUCUUUUGGCCAUGCCUCUCUACCGCAGCCUAGUAAACUAUUGGCUGGUUGGUUUGUCUAUAGUCUACAUCCACGACGUUCCACUUCCGGGAUUGCUCUGGUGCCGCAGG